CUCCUCUCCUCUUCCACUUUUCUCCUCAGUCCAGAACCGAGCGGCAGAGCGAUGCAGGCUACCGAGCGUCUGUCUUCCCCAAUGGAGAGUUUUGCCACAUUUUUUCCCUGUUCUUGACGCAGAGCACAUCUUUGAGCCAUGUCGUCCUCACAUGGACUCCUGACCACCGCCUUCUCCUCUUGCUCCUCUCCCGUUUCCAAGGGCAUCUCUAAACGACGGCUGCGGGCCACCAGGAGCCUGGACCCGGCUAUAAUCAGGCACUACGGCACGGACGAGCCUUCAGCGCCCGAUCCGGAGGAGUUCCGAGCCUCCAGCCGCGAGGACGUGGCCAAGACGUCCAAAGCAAGAGGCUCCAUCCAUCCGCCACCUUCACCCUCAAGCCCAUCGACCCCUGUGGAGACCUCCACGUGGUCCCACUUCCAGUUUGAGGAGGACGGGAGGGGAGUGAGGAGAAGCGCAGGUUGGGAAGGGCCACUGGUGGCCCGGAGCCCCAGCGUCAGCCCCACGGGCAACUUCUUCUCGCCAAGGAAGUGGCUCCAGAAGAAGGUGCAGCAUACCACUUGCCACGCUUACGUCGUGUGGAAAUCUGAGGGUGACUUUACCUGGAAUAGCCUGUCUGGGCGGAGUGUGCGGCUCAAGCCGGUGGCCAUCCAGAGCCUGUCAGAACUGGAGAGAGUAAGGCUACAGGAGGUUGCUUACAACCGGCUACACCAGGACUAUGACCUGGGCUGCCAGAUCACCAUACCCAAAGAUGGCCAGAAGAGGAAGAAGUCACUGCGGAGGAAAUUGGACUCCUUAGCCAAAGAGAAGAACAAAGACAAAGACAAUGCACCCCAGGCCUUUGGCAUCUCCCUGUCGCAAGUGAUUGCCAAUGACCGGACGCACAGGCAGCGUCAGGAGGGUCAGCGUCUAGAUCCCAUCCCUCGAGAGGAGCACAAAGACUCCAGUGACCUCGUCUCCUCCAUCUUGCAGUUUGCCACUAAGCGGCCCACCAAGGAGCUCUCCAGCAGCAACUCGUCCCUCAGCUCCACUUCAGAGACUGCUAAUGAGUCCACCUCGCCCAACACACCAGAAGCAGCACCCCGCGCUCGCAGGAGGGGUGGCAUGUCAGUGGACUCCAUCACCGACUUGGACGAUAACCAGUCUCGUCUGCUGGAGGCCCUGCAGCUGUCCCUGCCGGCCGAAACACCCAGCAAGAAGGAAAAGCACCGGGAUAAGAGGCUGAGUCUGAACCCCAUCUACAGGCAGGUGCCACGGGUGGUGGACAGCUGCUGCCAACACCUUGAGAAGUAUGGUAUGUGUGAUAGAAAAUCUGCAAUUGUUCAUGAAGCAGUGGGCUGUAAAACACGGGCAAAUAAACUUCUCAGCACGCGAGUAAUGUGGUUAACUGAAAUCAGGUACAGAUGGUUGAAUUGUGCUUUCUUUCAUGUAGGUCUGCAAACAGUAGGGAUCUUCAGAGUGGGCAGCUCGAAGAAGAGAGUGAGGCAGCUGCGGGAGGAGUUUGAUCGGGGUGUGGACGUGCAGCUGGAUGAGGAGCACAGUGUCCAUGACGUGGCUGCAUUGCUGAAGGAAUUCCUGAGGGACAUGCCUGACCCACUGCUCACUAAGGAGCUCUACACUGCCUUCAUCAACACCAUGUUGAUGGAGCCUGAAGACCAGCAGAUAGCCACACAGCUGCUAGUGUACCUGUUGCCGCCCUGUAACAGUGACACCCUUCAUCGGCUGCUAGAGUUUCUGCACACAGUGGCUCAGCAUGCCCACGAUGGAUAUGACAAAGAUGGACAAGAGGUAACAGGCAACAAGAUGACUUCCAUAAACUUAGCCACCAUUUUCGGGCCAAACUUGCUGCACAAACAGAAGAGCUCAGAUAAAGAGUUCAGCGUUCAAAGCUCCGCUCGGGCUGAGGAAUCCACCGCUGUCAUCGCCGUGGUGCAGCGGAUGAUCGCCACAUUUGAGGAUCUCUUCAUGGUGUCUCCUGAUCUGCAAAAUGAGGUGCUAAUGAGCUUGCUGGAGACCGAUCCUGAUGUGGUAGACUACCUAUUACGACGGAAGGCAUCACAGAGCCCAGAUUUGUUGAAUUCAGAGACCACUUUCUCUCUGAGUGAACGGAGAUCAUCCAGUGAUUCCAACAAGGUGUCAAGUGGUGAGUUGUCUCCCUAUGACAAUAACUCCCCUGUGAUGUCUGAGAGAAGGGGAGGCGAUGGAGUCAGCACCAGUGGUAGCGGUGCUGGAGGAGCCCUUAGCACUGAGCGACUCUUCCGCGUCCCGGAACAGUACACCCUGGUAGGCCAAGUCACAGGCCGCACCAGGGACACCGUCUCAAGCCCCUGGUCCCCAACAAAGGAUAUUUCAGACGAGCAUGCCAACAUCUGGGGUGCAUGGCACUCAACGCUGAAGCCAGGGCUGAAAGAACAAACUUGUACAGGUUCCUGUGGCAACAUGUCCGAGGGUAGCUCCCGCAGCUUACAAGAGGGGAUUGACAGUCACCAAAGCGACCCCAAGCAGCUCGUGCGGACACAGCCCUCUUUGGGUGGGACAGACAGUCGGCAGCACGCUGCAGUGAAUCGCGUGUGCAGCAGCCCUCAGUCCAGCCAGCAACAUCUCCGUCUGAAUCUCAACCCCGAUGGCCAGUCGGCAUCCAGCAGCUCGGAGGACCUCCCAGUUGGGAGCAGCCACAGCACUCCUAGUCCCACCAUUUUCCCUAAACCAGCCAAUAGGAAUGACGCGCGCCCCCCUCCACCCCCUUAUGGACACUUGAGGUCAGCCCCUUUAACAGUUUCGUCCAUUUCCCCAAAGUCUCAUGCACCGGUGGCCUCCGCUCAGCACUGCCCCCAACAGAGCGGGAAAGCCACUCAGAACUCGUCCUCGUCCCCAGGGGGCGCUCUGACUCCCCUGAGCCCAGAGUGGCAGGACUGGCAAAGAGAUAGGUGGCAAAUCUGGCAGCUCCUGUCUUCAGACAAUGCGGACACAUUGCCUGAGACGCUGGUCUGAGGAGUACUGUUGUGGACCCAAAAGGUAUCUCAGAGACACCUGGGAUUGACCAGCACAGUUUAUACAAAAAAGCCACUGGUUUAUGCCUGUGUACAGCAGAGUUUGUGGCUGUGUUCAAAUGCAAAAACAAUAGAGACAUAACCCAGCAGGUGGAACUGAGGAAAAUUCGAGGCAGCAAAAAUUACUAACCACCUGAAAGUCAGACCGUCGUGCUUGGGCCCUAUCCAUUCCAGUAAAAUGAAGCCCUCUGUCACCUUUCUUUGCUUAUUCUAACUCCAAAAGGCUAAUUUGUUUCGGUUUGAUGUUUAACUGUUUGACGUUUAGCUUCAUAAGUAACAGUGACUGAAGAUUGUUACUUUAAAAACACCAAAUCUCUCAACUUGCAUCAAGAAUAUAAGACAUCUGAGUAGAAGAGAGUGGGGUAUAUAAGGGCUCGUCUUAAUUUGGAUUGGAACUGGGCCACUGAUGUGGUGUUAUGUUCUCUAAAUCUGUCAAAUCCACUUCGGCUGUGGAUGGAAAGCUGCAGAGCAAAGAACAAAAAACAGGUACCUCAAAUGAGCGUAGCCGACACCGACGCAAACCUAAUGUUAAACUGUCAAAUGAUCAAAUUAUUGGUUCUUUUACAUGGACAAAUUGAGAAAUACAGUAUAUUCAUUCUUUUGUUUAACUGCUGUGUACGUCCGCUUUUAUUGUUUUUUAACUUUUUUUUAACAAUUCGUGCACUGAGUAAUAUGACAUGAGGUAGAACUUACCAUUACAGUAAAGAAUAGUAAUUAUAGUUUCUGUUCCCCUUGUAUAUACACCAUGAGAAUAUUGCCAAAAAGCUGCUAAAUCACAUGUACACAAGAUGACUUUAAAGCUUAAUGUAUAUUAUCUCAUCUUACCUCUAUCAUUUCAGUAAGUACACAAGGAUGUCAAACAGGACAUGCAGUGUCAGCCUUUAAGUGAUGAGAUUAAGGUAUGAGAGUGUGUCUGUAAUAUCUACAGUAGGGUUGCAAAGAGACUGCAGUCAUUUAGGCCAUGAAUUUAUGCCUUUAGCACUUAAAAAAAAAAAACUACAUUCACCCAGACUGAUUCGGUUUACAGCUAACUUGACUUUGACUCUCUGCCUCUAUGUGCCU